AUGGACGAAGCUGAACUAUCUUUCAUACCUCACAGUACCUCAUAUGUAUGGAAGCCCCCAAUCAAGCUGUCUGAUUGUUCAUCUGAAUAUCUCAAAGCAUGUUCUGUGGACUAUAAACCUUACAAUGCAAAACAGGAAGCAAAAUUGUGGCAAGGGUUAGGCGUACUGAAGACUGACACUACUGAAGUUCAGAAUGAAAAGCCAGCUAGCGAGAACCCUUACUACCUAACAUCGGUACCUGGUCUCCACAGCAAACGAGAAUUAAAACGAAUCCGCAGGGCUGAACGCAAAAGCAAGCUAUCAAAUUGGUUUGAUUUGCCGAGACCUGAUGUCACCGAAGAGGACCGUGAUGAUCUGGAAUUGAUUAGGUUACGCCGAGCGAUUUCAUCUGACACACAUGUUAGAAAGUCAGAUGGCAAGUCUUCUUACUUCCAGAGGGGUGUAGUAGUAGAUGAUCCAGGAAGUUUUUAUGACCGAUUACCACGUAAACAACGAGGAAAAACUCUUGUAGAUGAACUUUUGUCUAAUGCUGAAAUCAUGAAGGUUCAACGAAAACGAUAUGCUAAGAUUGCACGUGCUAUGGCUGAAAAGCGUGCCGCUGUUAGGCGAAGAGAGCAACAACGAAUAAGGCGUUUAAAAUCUGGCGGAAGAAAGCAACAAGCUACUGUGGUUGUUCCUGAAUAA